AUGGAUACCCUUUGCGAACACAGCUACUGCUCGCUAGCAGCUAGCAUGAAAGAAGCAGGGCCGGGAGAAUUCCCGGAUUUCUCCCUCAACUUCUUGGAGGAAGGGCAAUGGAGCAACAUGAGCAACCAGUCCCUGCAAGAGCUUCCCAUGAGCAUCGCCAACCUGGACCGAGCAGACGGGCUGCAGGGCUCCAGCUGGAUCAUCGUCCGCAUCCUCAUCUCCAUCAUCUACUCUGUGGUGUGCGCCCUCGGCCUGGUUGGCAACCUGCUGGUGCUCUACUUGAUGAAAAGCAAGCAGGGCUGGAAGAAGUCCUCCAUCAAUCUCUUUGUGACCUGUUUGGCGGUGACAGACUUCCAGUUUGUGCUGACCUUGCCCUUCUGGGCUGUGGAGAACGCCCUGGAUUUCACCUGGCUCUUCGGCAAGGCCAUGUGCAAGAUCCUCUCCUACGUGACGGCUAUGAACAUGUACGCCAGCGUCUUCUUCCUCACUGCCAUGAGCGUCGCUCGCUAUCACUCCGUGGCCUCUGCCCUGAAGAGCAGAAGGCAAGGGGGGCUUUGGGGAAGCUGCUGGUCAGCCAAAUGGCUCUGCGUACUCAUAUGGACCUCUGCCAUCCUGGCUUCCUUGCCCCAUGCCAUCUUCUCGACCACCUCCACAAUCUUAAACGAGGAACUCUGCCUGGUCAAGAUCCCGGACAGCCAAGGGAACAAUACUCAGUUUUGGCUAGGGCUGUACCAGUCGCAGAAGGUGCUGCUGGGCUUUGUGCUGCCGUUGGGCAUCAUCACCCUUAGCUACCUGUUGCUCGUCCGCUUCAUCAGCGACAGGCAUGUGGGCGCCAGCUCCUGCGGCCCCAGCACUAAGCGCCGGUCCAAAGUGACCAAAUCGGUGACCAUUGUGGUGCUGUCCUUCUUCCUCUGCUGGCUGCCCAACCAGGCGCUCACCACGUGGGGCAUCCUCAUCAAACUCAAUGUCCUGCACUUCAGCCAUGCAUACUUCCUCUCUCAGGCAUACCUGUUCCCCAUCACGGUGUGCCUGGCACACUCCAACAGCUGUCUCAACCCCAUCUUCUACUGCCUCAUGCGCAAGGAGUUCCGCAAAGCCCUCAAGAAGCUGCUGUGGAGGAUCACGUCACCCUCGGUGACCACCAUGCGCCCUUUCACUGCAACCACCAAGCCUGAACAAGAGGAGAAAGCAUCGCAUGCCCUGCUACCCAUUCGCUCUGGGCAUGAUUCUCCUGCAGCCAUUGCUGCUCCUGCCAUUGCAGGCACCGUGUCUGACAUCAUCUCUUAUCCCCCAGGCAUGGUGGUGUACAGUGGCCGCUGUGAUCUCUUGCCCACCAGCGGUUCUGCUGAGACUCACUGUUAG